AAUGACCGACGUGGGCCGGCAGUCUGAGGUCGAGGGGCAAGAGCUAUAGUCUGGUGCAAUUCCGUGAGCGAUACGAGCAAUCGGUCUUAUUCUAUACUUGCUAAACCUAAGUACUCUUACAAGAAGUCGAACAAAAGAUCCACACGUUUCUUUCUAAAGAUGAGUGGCUAUCCUCCACAGCAAGGUCCAUACCCAGGACAGCCAAAUCAGCCACCAGUAGGCUUUGCUCCUCAGUAUGGAGCACCUCCUCAACAAGGGGGCUAUCCCCCUCAAGGAGGACCUCCCCAGCAGCAUGGAGGAUAUCCUCCUCCUCAAGGAAGCUAUCAACAAGGUGGACUUCCCCCUCAACAACAAGGGUAUCCCCCACAACAAGGAGGAUAUCAACCCCAACAAGGAGGGUAUCCCCCACAGCAAGGAGGGUAUCCCCCUCAACAAGGAGGGGCACAACCCCAAAAGGGAUAUGGAGCUACAAAUCUUUCUUUGGGAGGUGAUGUUGAUACACCUACUUACACUGGUUCUGAUAUACCUGAUCARGAUGUUGAAGGGAACGAUAAUGCUGGGCCACCGGCUCCCUCGGCACCUCCACCAAGCCUGUUUGGACCACUGCCUGGAUAUGAAAACAUGAACUAUGGAACUCCGUUUUUGCCACCACCACCUGCGUAUGAACCACCAAAGCAGGAGAACAGACCUGAACAGCACUUCAGUCAGGCAACAUCAAUAACUGAUGAUCAAGCCAGGAAUGCCUUGCUAAAGUUUGCUGGUGAUCACUGUUGCUAUGGCAAAGGAGCUGCCAAAGAUAUGGAUAUCAAGGACAUCCAACCAACCUGUGCCUACCAUUAUUCUUUGACAAGUUUCUGUGAAGGAAGAGCUACAGCCUAUGCUUUCCAGCCCUAUACAGGACAGCCCAUUGAUGGCCCCAACAAUGGUCCCCCACCACCUCCRUGGAGCAUUCCUGCCAACCCACCCAAGAACUUCCAAGAUGCUACAGUAAAGAUCGAAGUACCRCACACUGCUGUCCUCAAGCCUUGUCAUGAGUGCUUUGGAGGUGGUUACAAGCGUUGUUAUAACUGUCAUGGACGUGGAAGGCGUCAUGUGCUACGUGCUGUCCCUGUUUCUGAAGUCCAUUACGAGUGGAAAGAUCACAACUCGCGSUACUGGGUGUACGGACAUGACCACAAGGUUCAUGCCCCCGACUACCCUCAAACAUGCUGYUGUGGCUGCACUAUAUUGUAGACUUUGGGCUACCUGUGCUGCUAACAUUCACAUACAAAAGGGACAUAGUCAACUCGGCAAUCAAUAUAGAAAAUCAAAGUGCAUUGUGGACUAGGUUCAGUACCAUAUUUGGCUGCACUGACAAAGAUGUUUGUUUCCGAAUCGAGACCACAAUGCAAUGAGUGAUAGUAUUUUAGAAAAAAGUCUUUAUAGUUAUGUUUUAGAUUUUCAUAUAUGCAUGGAAAAUGAAGUGAUUUCAAAUAUCCAUUCGCAAUCCGUUUCCAUCCUGAAUAUUUGAAAAAUAUAUAAAUGAAAUGAUUCCAAUGAUACAAUCUUUAGAAAUGCACURCGAUGAAUGUAAUCAAUCAUAGAAUAUUAUGGACUAGAGAAUUAUUACACAACAUUUUACAUAAUAAAGAAGCUCUAUACUUCUUCCUGG